UGGCAGGACUCAGCCAGGCUGGGAGAGGGGCGUGGCCUCCAUGAUGCACAGCAGUCACAGUGGCGUGAACCAGCUGGGAGGUAUGUUUGUUAAUGGCAGACCUUUGCCUGAUUCCACCAGGCAGAAGAUUGUGGAGCUGGCACACAGUGGAGCACGACCUUGUGACAUAUCCAGAAUUCUGCAAGUCUCUAACGGCUGUGUGAGUAAGAUCUUGGGCCGGUACUAUGAGACGGGUUCGAUUAAGCCUCGUGCCAUCGGAGGGAGCAAACCCAGGGUGGCAACUCCAGAGGUGGUAGCCACAAUUGCUGAUUACAAGAGAGAGUGUCCAUCUAUAUUUGCCUGGGAGAUCCGAGACAGGCUGCUGGCAGAGGGAGUGUGCACUAACGACAAUAUACCCAGUGUGUCAUCAAUUAACCGAGUUCUGAGAAAUCUAACCAAUGAGAAGCAACAUGUGGUAGCUGACAGCAAGUUUGACAAAUUCAAGAUGCUGAAUGGACAGAAAGUUUGGGGAGGAAGCUAUGGGUGGUACCCUGGAACUUCACUGACAAUCCAGUGUCUUAAUGAGUUUGCCUGUUCCUCACAAACAGAAGGAGAUGAGAAAAUGAUGUCAGUCCCCUUCAAUGGUGAGGACACCGAGGAGACACAAAUGAGACUUCAGCUGAAGAGGAAACUACAGAGGAACAGAACAUCAUUCACACAGGAGCAGAUCGAAGCUCUGGAGAAAGAGUUUGAGAGAACCCACUAUCCAGAUGUGUUUGCUCGAGAACGCCUGGCAAAUAAAACUGAUCUACCUGAGGCCCGGAUACAGGUUUGGUUUUCCAACAGACGAGCAAAGUGGAGACGAGAGGAGAAGCUCAGAAAUCAAAGUCGUCAAGUUUCCUUCAGCAGCAGUGUUUACCAGCCUCUACCACCACCAUCCACCACACCAGCUUCCUUCUCUUCAGGAUCCCUGUUGGGAAGAUCUGAUCUAGUUUUGUCCAGCAGCUUCAGCGUACCAACCAUGCCAAGUUUCACUGUGGCUGCCAGCAUGCCCAUACAAGCAGCGAGUCAGACGUCUUACUCCUGCAUGCUGCCCAUGAGCCCAGCAGGCAGUGGAAGAACCUAUGAGACCUACACUGCUCCUCCACACCUCAGCAGCCAAUCAACAGCUUCCUCCACAUCAUACACAGCAGGUCUCGGUUCUCCUGGUGUCUCAGUCCCAGUCCAGGUCCCAGGAAGUGAUGUAGUUGUGCCGCAGUACUGGUCACGCCUGCAAUGA